CCUCCUCUGUCAGGGUAAAAAAAAGUGUAAACAUAUCUAAAUAAGUGGGUAAACAGACUGACACCGAGGUGAAACAUUUAUAGUCUUAAAUAGCGCGACAGUUAUGAACAUUGUAUUGGAUGUAAUUUUUAUUUCAUCAUGUUUAUUUCGGUACUAACUGCAUUGAUCUUUGUGUGUAACGCCAUUGCUGGACAGAGGGUAUACCAAUGUGACAACAAAAAUGAAUACGCAAAUUACAUGCAGUGUUUAAACAAAUGGCGUGUAGUUAGAGAGUUAAGCCGAGGGCAUGCACAGUUCCUGAAAGACGUGACGCUGAUUGAUGAAAUAUGUAUUUUCAAAGGUGUUCUCACCGUUGAAGAGAUGGAUACAUGUGUAACUAAUGCUAUACCACUGUACUGUAAUUCUAUAACUGCACACUGGAAGGGCCUCAAACAAUUUGUCAGCUACUUAUGCAAACACAGGGAAGAGUUUGAAGGGAAAUAUGCACGGUGUAGAACAAAUAAAAACUUCCAAUCUGCCUACCACGACUGCAUGGCUACCAACGUAAAUCAACUAAGCGCCGGGGAUGACAGUUGCAGGUCGUAUAGAGAAAUGGAAAAAUGUUUAACAAAUGCUCUUGCGAAUCACUGUUCGAGGAAAGCAGCGGAGUUCUUCAUGGAUGCCUUUUCGAAAAGAGAUGAUCCUUUGAUAGCUUUAAGCUGCAAAAUAGAGAAAGAAGUGAUAACCGACUACGUAUUUGAGCUGUCUGAUGAAACAAACGAUGUCACAAAUGAAACAGAAAAACAGUCAACAAACAACUCAUCAGUGACAAGUGAACGUAUCGUACUUACUGAGGAAAGUCUUGCAGUGAACGAAGAAAGUGGAAGUUAUAUUUUACGUCCGAGUUCCUACUUAAUUAUUUCUAUGUGUAUGUGGAGACUUGUCAUGCCUUUUCUAGCAGUGUAUUAAAUGUCAUCAUAAUAAAGACCCUACCAAGAUGUGUUCAAUUUUUCCGGAUAAACAAUAAUAUCAUUGAAAUUUCGAUAUUCAUAACAAUCAUAUAUAUUAUAUGUAUAUUCUGUCCAUGUUAUUAAAUACAUUUAUCACAUAAACCGCGGCGCAAGAGUGUAAUAAAGCCAUUUAAUAAAAACGAUAUUACACUAGUGUAAUAACACUUUGACGUGACGUCAUUUGCGCUAUAUAGAAACAUAGCGUUAAAGCGCGCUAAUGUUAGCGUUACACUAUAAGCGCGUCGUUGAAAAAUUACUCAUUUUUACAGUUUACUGUUCUUAUUUUAUAUUAUGUGAUAAAUAGAAUAUUAUAUUCGUGUAGAUUCAAUACUAAAUUUAUUGAACUCGUUGAAUAAAACAAUAUUAUGCUCGCCAGAGGCUCGCAUAAUAUGAUUUUAUUCAACUCGUUCAAUAAAUUUAGUAUUAAACUACACUCAUUCAAUAUCCUCUAUGUAUAUUGUAGUUACAUAGUUGAUACAUUGUAGGUACAUAGUUGAUACAUUGUAGGUACAUAGUUGAUACCUUAAUUAAAGUCUACUUUUGUUCCUAUGACAGUGCAUAGUUAAUAUGAUGACAUUCGUGGUACAUUUGUAUUUCUAAUAAAAUAUGUGUUGAAUGUACUCUCUCUCUCUCUCUAGGGUAGAUCGUGUACUUUUUUACUGCAUGUCUCAUUCCUCGUUAUCUACGAAUAUACAUGUAGUUGCUAGGCACAUUAUUUCUCAGAAACGUACAUAGGUUUCCUUCUUUAGAAAGGGUAACAACAUUAAGCUAAUGGUUCUAGAGCAUGUUAGAUGCCUAUCACCUAAGAAAAUACCACCGAUUGUGAAAUAAUUUAACAUAAAAGUCGUAAAAUGAAAACAAAGUAGUAUUUCAUCUUCCAUACUAUAUCACUAAAACUGCACGUACUAAUUGCCAAAAACCAACAGAAGCAAAGAAUGGUAUUUGGCCAAUGAGUAACUUUCUGGAAACUACAAUAGGAAAACUUCAACUUGCCCCUCUAGUUGAAUAGUUUCACGACACUUUAUUCUUUAUAAUAAAAAAGGAACCUGUCACAAAUGGCCCAAGUUCAUUGUUACUGUGCAUCUGGCAAAGGUAAGCAUGUCAACUCAUGCUUUCAAAGGAGAGGAUUACCAUGAGCUAUUGUAGCUCUCGGUCCAAUUCCUUUCUGCUUAAAUUGUAAAUUAUUAACAUGUAUAUAUUACCUUGAAUAAAAAUAUGUUGAAACCAA